GCACAGCACUUGGUCACCCCUACGCCCAGCGGGUAGUCCCGGGAGUCUCAGAAGGGAGAAUUUGAUCACCCUUCCUAGGGUUGGAUGGACCUAUGGAGGUUGGCAAGUGGGGAGCUCCAAAAGCCGCACGUCCCAGAGUGCGUCCCUGCACAGUCGAGCGCUUCUCAGUAGCAGCAGCCAGAGUGAGGAUGUAGGCGGCUUGAGUCCGCCAGAGUCUGAACAAAGGGAGCCGUGGCCCAGAGGAUGCUGAGCUCCUCACGCUCCACCCAGCUGCCUGGCGCGCAGGUAGCUCUGCUUUUGCUCUGCAGAGGGCUGUGUGUUCGAGGCCAGCACACAAAGACUCACUUCCUCCGGUCCAGCUUCCCAGACCGCCUUGUCCCACUGGCGGCCGGUAGCAUUCCAGAGGCCACCACUGGGACCCUCGUGUGCUUGUAUGCCAGGUAUUUGGGAGCAGAGGCAGUUCAGGGAGCCCUUGGAGCCGCUCAGCUGUGAAGGCGGCGGCUGGGAUUAGCUCGCCUUUUUAGGCAGCCGCGCCGCCCCACGCAGCAGAGUCUGCAAUCGCUCUACGAGAGGCAGGCUCUGCGUCGCUAAAGCGUCCCCGCCUGCGCUGCCGCGGUGCAAGCUACGGGCCGGGGCGCGCUAGGGAGGCCGAUCAACUCUCCAGUGCCUAGCGGCUAGGUUUUGAGACCCCAAGGUGAAGUGCUGGCCCCAAAGAUCUGCAAUGAAACCACACUUGAAGCAAUGGCGACAACGAAUGCUCUUUGCAAUAUUUGUUUGGGGGCUCCUCUUUUUGGCAAUUUUCAUCUAUUUCACCAACAGCAAUCCUGCUGCACCUAUGCCCAGCUCCUUUUCCUUCCUGGAGAGCCGCGGGCUCCUGCCUGUGCAGGGCAAGCAGAGGGUCAUCAUGGGUGCAUUGCAGGAGCCCUCUUUGCCCAGAAGUUUGGAGCCAAGCAAAGUACUGAUGGACGGCCACUCUGCGAGCCCUUUCAACAGCUGGCCUGGGGACCCACAGAAAGGGGACCAGGCCCAAGAUGGCUUUGACAAUGGGGAUGAGUUUUUUACAUCCCAGGUCGGGAGGAAAUCACAAAGUGCUUUCUAUCCUGAGGAAGACAACUACUUUUUUGUUGCGGGUCAGCCUGGGUUGUACCACCACCGGCAGGGUGCCCUGGGGCUGCCAUCUCCGGGGGAGUCCUCAUGGCAAUCAGGACCUGGUCAGCCCAAGCAGGAGAAGCUGCGUCACCCAAGGAGAGGCAGUUUGCCUGAGGAAGCCUAUGAUAGUGACAUGCUGUCGACCUCCAUGUCCAGAGCCUUCCUGUACCGGCUCUGGAAGGGAACCGUGUCCUCUAAGAUGUUGAACCCGCGCCUGCAGAAAGCCAUGCGCUACUACAUGUCCUUUAACAAGCACGGUGUGCGCUUCAGCAGGCGGGGGCGGCGUGAGGCACGACGUACAGGGCCAGAGCUGCUGUGCGAGAUGCGCAAGCGUGUGCGUGUGCGCACCUUGGACGGCAAAGAGGCGCCCUUCUCAGGGCUGGGCUGGCGGCCUCUGGUACCUGGGGUCCCUCUGAGCCAGUUGCACCCCCGCGGUUUGCGCAGCUGCGCAGUUGUAAUGUCUGCCGGAGCCAUCCUGAACUCCUCCUUGGGGGAGGAAAUCGAUUCUCAUGAUGCAGUUUUGAGAUUUAACUCUGCCCCUACACGUGGCUAUGAGAAAGAUGUCGGAAAUAAAACCACAGUACGCAUCAUUAAUUCUCAGAUUCUGGCCAACCCCAGCCAUCACUUCAUUGACAGUUCUUUAUAUAAAGAUGUUAUUCUGGUAGCCUGGGAUCCAGCUCCUUAUUCUGCCAAUCUUAACCUGUGGUAUAAGAAGCCAGAUUACAACCUUUUCACUCCAUAUAUCCAGCAUCGCCUGAAAUACCCAACUCAGCCAUUUUACAUUCUUCACCCCAAAUUCAUAUGGCAGCUUUGGGACAUUAUCCAGGAAAACACAAGGGAGAAGAUACAGCCCAACCCACCAUCUUCUGGUUUUAUUGGAAUCCUCGUCAUGAUGUCCAUGUGCCAAGAGGUGCACGUGUAUGAGUACAUCCCAUCUGUCAGACAGACAGAACUUUGCCACUACCAUGAGCUGUACUACGACGCAGCCUGCACCUUGGGAGCCUACCACCCAUUGCUUUAUGAAAAGCUACUGGUGCAGCGCCUUAACACAGGCACCCAGGCAGAUUUGCACCACAAGGGAAAGGUGGUCCUGCCAGGCUUCCAGACUCUGCGGUGCCCAGUAACCAGGCCCAACAAUACAAACACUUAAAAUGGAACUCUUGGGAACUGAUGUGCAAUAAGGUACUACUGUUGUCCUCAAAGUCACAAAAAAAAUACUUGAAGAUAGAUUUAGACAAUGUGUUGUCUUUAAUGGUAACUUAGUGGCCAUGAGAACUCCUUCUAGUCUAAGCCAUUGGGUAAUUAUUACUGCUAUGAAUAUAGAAAUGGAACUUUAAAACCAGCCAAGAAAGAAGCCAAAACAAGAUACAUAGAAAACAGAGUUUUACUCAUGGACAUAAUACCUCUAAACAUGUUAAUCUCUACAACAGGGACACUUUCUCACAGUUGGUUCCAGACACAAGUUGGGAUGAUACUACUGAUGAUAUGGUUUCCGUCUAGAAAUAUCCAAAUUGAGGUCCUGUAAGCUAGCAAUCACUUAUACGUUAAUUUCUCAUUAAGCAUCUUGUAAUCUAUGGUGAAUGUCUGAAUUCUCACUCAGCUGUCUUUUACAUUUCUACAUAGAUCCUGUCAGGGAUGUGAUUUUCAACAACAGCUUCACUGUAUUGCUUCCCAGUGCUCUCUGAAUGUUACAAAUGAGAACCAAGCCACACUUAGAAAAGUACAAAUCAUCCAUACCAAGCAAUCUAAGAAGCCAAAUGAAAUUUCUGCUUGCAGCAAAGAACAGGAACGUUGUCUGCCCGCAACAUACUAUACCUGACCAUCAACACUUAGCACACACAGGUCAUAGUAUAGUUGGUCGGAACAGGGUCAUGAGUGAUCAGCUGUCACUACCCUGGAUUUUCAACUUUAUAUUUCUGGCCUUCAGAUCACUCUUCAGCUCUUACAUAGCCAGUGACCUGCUGCGCAGUUACUGCAUCCCUGCAGGUCAGCCAGGGCCACAGUUGUUCCUUUCAAACUCUAAAGAAUGGCUUUGAAGCAUGCCCUCUGAGCUGCUUGGGAUGCACACUUCUCUGUGAGUUCUAUAGGAAGCUCUUGUAGGCUUUUCUCAAUUAUUAGAAACUUGACUCUCAUGUUCUGAGUGUUGCCCGUUCUAAGCAUAAACAGCUAGGAAUCCAUCUUUGUUUUUGCAGGUAAGUUUUAUGUUAAGACUGUGAUGGAACCACAGAAUUGUUUUUAACAAGGUGAAUCUAUGUUUGACAGAUGCAGAGUCAGGAGAAAAUAUUCUUGCCAGUGUGUACCUGUGUUCAGUUUUUUAAACGAGUUUCCUGUCAUUAACACAUCUUUUUGUGGGGGUUUUUUGUUUGUGUUUCUAAGAGAAUAGUGGAAGAUAAGCACUUUAGAAUUCCAUAAUUAAACAGGCUAGAUUGUUAUUUAAAUAUCAAAUCAAAGCAACUCACAGUUAAGUCAUUUUGGAAAUGAUAAUAUCAGUUUAAUUAAAUGUACCAGCCUACCCCCCCCUGCAAAAUGUGUGGCUAUCAAAGUAUUGUAGGAAAAAAAAAUGUUUAACUGUAACUUUGUUCCAGAAUGUGCUAAUGAUUACUUCCUGAGGAAGCAAGGUUUUCAGAGAUCACCAGUUUCUGUUGGGGUAUUGCCCCCUGCAGAGCUGAAGCAGAACUGCAAAAGACAUAGUGGCUUGCUACAGCAGAGAAGAUAGGUGGAGAUUUCAGUUAUGAGCUAUCUGCUGACAGCCCAUUCUGAGUGUCAUCUUCUACUCAGCCUGGUCAAACUAUGUAAUUUCAUGAAAGCUCAGCCUUGUCACCAUACCGACAUGCUUAAUCAUCUUUGUAACUCGAGGAGGCAUUGCUCCUGUGAGAUGAGCAUUUUCUCCUGGAGUCUUUGGAGCUUUCUAGAUCUCUCAUCUUUUGCUGUUUUAAAUGAUCAUAACCAGCAAGAUUUUUUAUAGUUUUGAAGGGGAUUCACUUACAAGACAUACUUAUUACCCAUGACAGUGUCUUUCGGUGGCCUGAGAAUUUGGUUAGAGAAUAACUUAUUGAGGUCAGUAUAAAUAUUCAAAUUCAAAAGCUCCACAAAACACAUUAAAGGUUAUUAAAAAACAUUCUGUUGCCACAAAUGUACUUUUAAAAGGCUUCUCUCAGUUUUACAUGGGUUACAAGAAGAUUGAAGAGCAUAAAAGAGAUUUAAUUAUUUUUUUAAUUUAUUAUGGCCCUAAAGACUUGUGGAAAUCAGACUCUUUUAAAUAUUCAGUAAAUAUGGUGCACAUAUUAAUAUGCUGUUGGCUAGGCACUCUUGUUUAAAUAGCUUAGCAGAUGCUUGCACAAUGAUGGCUAAUAUGGUACUUGCUUCUUGUGUUAACAAAAUGGGUUCCAACUGGCAAUAUUUGCCAGACAUUGAUUAAAAAGUUCAACACCACAUUUACUAUCCUCAAAUGAACCCAUAGUACCCGUGGAAUAGCAAUACUAACCAUCCUCCCACCUCAUUUCUUCCUGACUCUGGCUCUGGCUCGUCCAGAACUGUCUGACCUCUUCUGUGAAAGGACUCUGAUAAGAUCCUCACGGUGCCACCAGUAGUACCCAGUGCUGCUUGCUCCACCCUGAGGACUGACAGAUAUCACAGUCCUUUGUGUUUUGAAAAAAUAUCACAUUAUUGUUGUUCCUAUUACAAAGACACUAGAGUUAUAAUGACAAUUCAGCCACUCCAAGAUUCUUUCUAACUUGUAUCUCUAGCUGUUCACACAAGGCAGGAGAUAAUGUGUAAUGAACAUGCUUAACUACAGACAACUCCAUGGAAUAAUAAGCCCAUGUGCUUGACUAUGCCAACCACAUCCUGUGUUGCAGAUUCUGGAAAGACAUGUGGUGGUCAAACACAAGUUGCAUGUAAGCAUACAAGAUGUGCUUUAAUGGGCAAAUUUGGGGCUUGAGUACAACUGAAUUACUGUGUCUCUGUCUACCUUGUUCUGUGUUGGCAUCCAGCCUUGACACAGGAUCAGAAUUCUCAGCUGGAAGCAGGGAUGUCUAGAAGGUGAAUAAUAAAUAAAAACAGACGACUUUUCAGAUACAAACUGAUAGACAAUUUUUCACGGCUUAAAGUCUCUCUUUCUCUCUCCCUCCUUCCCUCCCUCCCUCCCUCCUUCCCCCACCUCUCUCUCUCUCUCUCUCACACACACACACACACACACACACACACACACAUACAUAUGCACGCAUGCACACACACACACACACACAUCUCAUGCAUACUUUACUCUCUCUUCAUUCACUCUCCAUUUGCUCUUCACAUGCUCACACAUACUCACCUCCCAUACUCUCUAGCCUUUCUCUUGCCCUAGUCUUUUAUUGAUUCUCCAAAAGCAGGUAGAAAAAAGACAUUAUAUAGUCAUUGCCAAAUCAAAUUCAAAAGAAUAACCACAUCCCACAAGGAAUUAAGAAUUACAAUUUUUCCCCAAAGUUUCAAGCUUCCCCUAAUCCGAGGCCUAUGGCCGAAAUAAUAAUCAUUAUUAUCAUUUUUAAACUUUAACUUUUGACUUAUUAUACUUCAAAGUCCAGAGCUCCGAGGUUAGCUGCUUGCAUUUUUCUGUGAAACUCUAUUGAUAAAUGACAUAGGCAAAGCUGCCAGGCAGUGGCCAGAAAGAAUCAAGUUAACCCUUAACUUAGCAGUUCUGCUAGCUUUCUGCUUCUGCACAUUGCACACAAUGACUCUUCUCAGAGUCCCAGUGUUUUGAAUCAGUUUUACUAAUAUAUAAUUUUAUGUAUUCUAUACUCACUUGUUCAGGAACCACUCUCAAAUGUUGUGCAAAACUUUAUCUCAUAAUUCAAUAACUUUUACCUUUCUCAGGGUCCCAAUGUUGGCUCUAUUUCAUUUUCUAAUAAUUUCUUCAAAUUUUCUUUGCAAGUUAAGAAUUGUGUAGUUAUUACACUGCUUCGAAGAUGAGAACACACAGCAUGCACUUGGGUCUCCUGCUUCCCAGGGUCCCAGAUGUCAUUUUUUUUACAAGGAGCUGUCGUGGGCUUCUGAGAUAUCUCCAUCCCAGCCCAUUUCUGACAGUCCCUGUCAUGGUUUGCUGUCCAGCAGUUCUGAGCUCAAGGUGCUUUGAUUUAAAAUGGCACUUUGCUGUGUCUUGACCUCUUGGCUUUUUAGCCAAUCUCACUUCCCAGUAGUCUUCUGUCACUAGAGCCAUAUAUCUGAACAAAAGUAGUGCUGCAGUGGUCUUUAAUUUUUUUCAAAGAGCCUGGCUUACUCUGUUGUCUGUGAACCAGUACGUAUGCUGGAACAGAGUUCAGACUGUGUUUCUAGCUGGCCAUACUCAUAUAGUCUGGAUUGAUUGGGCACUAUUCAGGUGCAUCAAGUGGAAUCAGUCUUCUACAAGUUAUGAUAUGACAAAAGACUUUGGUAUGCAUCAGCAACUUGAUUAAGUUUCACCACAUUUUCUUAGGAUACAGGUAGAGUAGUCUCCAGACCUGUCCCAUCACACUAUUUCUAUUUGACUUCUGAUAGUCAUAUAUUACUCCAUGGCUACAUGACUGAUCAAGGCAGCUCUGUUUAGACGUAAAUAAGUUAGGUAAACAAGGCCUGCAUUUCAGCACACUUUUUAUAUCAGGACAUUCCAUUGUGAGAUUUUUCCACCUUUCUGUCACUUGGUACGUUUAGAUACUUGGUGAGUGGGAAACCUUUCUCUAGCAGCUCAAGAAAAUAAAAUGCAAGCCCAAGUUCUAGUUUUGUUAAAUGAAUGGAGCCUUGAAUAAGAAAAGAAACAGCAUAUUCUCUACAAGAUUAGGGUAGUGACAUUUAAGAAUUAAUAUUGCUGUUAGAAUUAUUAUUAACAUAAAAGUGUGCAUGUAGAUAGUUAUAUAAUUGUAUAUAUAUAUACUUAUCUACAUACAUGGUUGAUUUUAUUAUCUUUUCAUUCAUCUUUAUAAUUAGAGCCUUACAAUAAAUUUUAUUUUAGUUAUUAAAACACUAAGUUUUUUUAAGAGAAGGAAGCAAAUGUUUUAUGUCCUUCUGUUAAAAAUUAGUAUUUCUCCCGCCCUCACUACAGAAACACUCAUAUUCUAUAUAUCUUGGCCACAUUAACAAAAAAACAACCAGAAUAAUGAAAGGUACCAUUCACAGAACCAUUACUCUAGUGUAGUGUUUAGUCAGAAGCAUGAUAUAGCUCUGAAUUUUGAAGAGUUUGUUGAUUGCCCAUGGCUUUUAUAAGAUUAAGGGAAGAAAUCUUUGUUGAUUCUCUGGAAAAUAAAUUUCAACAAAAUAAGUACAACAGUAGCAUUAAAACUUAAGUUUACAACACACACCCUGUUAUACUCUAGAUAAAUACAUAUAGAAUCUUUCCACUGGAAACCAGUGAAAUUUUUUAAAAGCUUUGGGAAUUUUUUUGUAUGAUAAUUUUUAAAACUAUAUGUGUUCUCUUUAAACUGAUUGAUGGCUUGAGGUUUUCCAAGAAGCACAUUUUAAAAGUGUUUGUAAACAUUUUAACACUUGAAUAUUUUGUAUUUUGUUUUUGUAUAUUUUUAUGUGUACACAGUGUACAGAUUUGUAAAUAAAACAUGUUUUCAUUUA